AGAAAUCGGUGUAGCAUGUCAAGUGGACGCAGCGCACGCCUACCGCCCACGCCCCCGCAUACCACCAACAACAAGCACCGGGUGGCAGCCGCAGCAGCAGCAGCAGCGGCCGCAGCUGCCUCAGAGCCCAACAGCAACAGCAUGAUGCAGUACAGCAGCAGCAGUAGCCAUGCCACAGUCCCCACCUCGGCGACCAGCACAGCUGCAACCUCUGCCAUGGGAAUGGGUGGUGGCAUGGGCAUGGGCAGUGGCAUGGGCGGUGGCAUGGGCAUGAGCAGGGCUGGUGGCAUGGUUGGCAUGGGUGGCAUGUCCGGGGGCGUGCCCCCCUUCAACCUUGGCUCCGGCAUGGGCAUGGGCAUCUCCACGAGCAGCGAGACCUGCGUACCCGUACCCGUCGACACCAUCGAUGCCCUGGGACCCGAACUGGCCGUGGCCACCACACAAAUGCUCGAGAAUCUGUCCGAGAAUGAGCGCAAGAUGAUCAUCGAGGUGCUCAACAGGGAUGAGUCGGUGCGCCAGCGAGAUGCCACCAGAAUGAUGCUCUUGCGCGCUGAAUUGUAUUCACUGAGGCGCAAGGGUGCGGCUAAGGUCGUUGGUGGAGGAGUGCAGCCACACGAUGCCACACAACAACAACAACAACAGCAUACAAUGCAGCCAAAUCAACAACAACAACAACAACUACAACAGAUCGAAUCACACACGAACAACCAAAACGCACACAACGACAUGAGUCGUCACUGCGCUCGCUGCACCACCGAACUGGGCCGCAUCACAAACCGCGGCGCACCCUGCCGCGUCUGCAAGCUGCGCGUGUGCAAAGCCUGUCGCGAGUUCACCUCGCGCACCACGGAUUGGGUGUGCGUGGUGUGCUACAAGCAAAUGGAGAUACAGAGCGCCAGUGGUGACUGGAUUAAGGACGCCUAUGCCGUGGGCUCCUGCAGUGCCGUGGAUCAUCUGACCACCAGCGAUGCGCUGAGGAAGAGCAUGCGACGUUCCUGGACCAUAUCGAACCCCGAGGACGACCCGAACAAUCCGAACUCCCAGCAGCCGGUGGCCGAUAAUUUGUACCCGCAGCAGCAGCACCUCAUUGAGGCACAGUCCGCUGGCAGCUACCCGACCCUGCACCAGCAUCAGCCGCAUCAGCAUCAGCUGCCGCAGCAGCCCCGUGCCGCCCACGGCCUUGGCUACAACAGCGGCAGUGCCACGCCCACGACCAGCAGCAAGUGGCAGCUGGGGCGUCGUGUCCUGCGGCAGUCCACGCUGCCGAGCACCCUCAACAACGACCCCAACCUGAGCGGCAGUGGCUCCAAUUUGGCCAAUUACAAUUCCGUGAAUCUCACGGCGCCCACAUCGCCGCAUCAGCACCAGAAGAGUCCGCUGUAUCCGGGCGCCUACAACAGUGACGACAUCAUCCACAUGAACACGGCAGCCGGAGUGGCAGUGUCUGUGGCAGGCGGAGACUGCGACAACUACGCACAACAGCAGCAGCAGCCACAGCUGGAGGUCACGCCCACGCCACAUCGUCUGCAGGUGCGGCGACAAUCGACGCUGCCAGCACAGCCCACGCCAGCCAUUUACAUGUCCACCUCCCCGAACCGCUACAGCCGCUCCCCGGAGCGCUCGCCCGGCGAGCAGCAGCGCUAUCCGCCGUUCAUGAGGCAGACCUCGUUCCCGGAACCCCCCAGCACCUAUCACCGCACCAAGCUGCUGCCCAGCACCGCCAAUCUGCCGGCAUCGCAGUCCCAGCAGCCAGUGCCAGUGUCCGGCCCAGCGCCGCCCCUCAACUACGAGUCGCAGGCCUCGAGCAUGGCCAGCGACGAGCUCGACUACACACAGCCCCCGCAGCAGCAGCAGCAGCCGGGCGGACCGCUGCCCAAGCCACGAAUGACGCGCCAGGCGACGCUGCCCAAUCCGGAGCAGCACGUGAAGCUGCUGCCAACGUCGCCGCCCAAGCGGCAGACCUCUCCACAGUAUCGCCGCUCGCCGGAGUUUAUGCGGCAGCAGACGCUGCCCAAUCCGGAGGCCUUCAGCAGCGGCAACACCCUCACCGUGCACUCCACGCCGCCCGCCAAGUUCAUGCCCAUCUCGCCGCGGGCCAAGCAGAACUUCCUCUUUCCCAAUGUGCAGAAUCCGCGGCCCUUCCUGUCGCAGCAGAAUGUGCCCACCGUGGGCACCACGGAGCUGGGCAGCGGCGGCAGCGUGGCCAGCACGGGCGUGGGCGCCGGCGAGCAGUACUCCAGCAGCCAGAGCGUCAACAUCCACCACUCGCGGGAUCCGCACUCGAAGAUGAUCAAGGUGCGCAGCCACAGCAACGAGGAGUACUCGAAUGCCAAGACGCACGUGGAGAACCGCCGCCUGCUGCCGGAGAUACCCACCGUGCAGCGGGCAUCGAGCCGCUCGCCCAGCCGGCUGGUGCGGCAGGACUGCCUCAAGGAGGAGCACGGCUCGCGCACCUUUGGCGAGGCCAAGCAGCAGUUCCAUCAGUUCCCCGACGUCACCGAGGAGCUGGAGCCCAACCGGGCCGAGUACGUUGACUACUUUGGCGACAGCUCCAGCAGCUUCCUCGAGUCCGACGAGGUGCAGUACGAGAAGAACUACAACGCGGGCUUCAGCAGCGAGCCGCGGAUCAUCUACAACAAUGGCUCCGACGAUGGCAGCUACAAGCAGGCCCACCAGCGACCCAUCUACAGUGCGGAGAAUGUCCUCGCCGACUCGGGCUAUGGCGGUGGCGGCUUGGGUGUCGGUGGCAUUGGUGUGGGCGCUGGCGUGUCCAACUACUACCCGGAUAUGAGCACUCCCCAGGGCUUCUAUGGCGGCGUGGCACUGCCCCGCACACCGCUCAUGCACAACCGCCUGCGACGGCGGCAAUCGCGGGAGCUGCAAAUGCAGCAGGAGGAGCUGGCGCAACUCUCACAGGCGGAGGCCAGCGGCGGCGGCGGAGUCGAGAGUUUCUCCAUUGCAGCGGGCGCCACGCUGGAGGUGAGUGCCGCCGAACGCCGCAAGCCGGAGCAGAUGCGUUCCGUGUCGGAGGAUUCGGGCGCAAAGACCACGCCGAAGCCCGUUACGCGGCGCUCCUUCUCACAUCCCGAAAAGGACACUCAGCCACCCAAGAAAUUGGAAACGACGAAGAUACCCAGCCCCCGACCGCUGGCCGACAUACUGGACAAGACGCGCAACUCGAAGAUACCGCAGGCGCGGCGACGCAACAGCCGCACGGGCAUCGGCGGUGAGGCGGAGGAUGGCGGUAGCACGCCCCAGCACAUUUACUCCUUCCAUCAACAGCUUAUGCAUAGAAACUCUGAUUUAGCCAUGCGUCUGAAAAAAACAGAAAUUCCUCCUGUCACCGACACAGUAGCCAGCGCCGAGUCGCAGUCGCAGUCCCAGCCAGAGUCCGGCUCGGGCACGGGCACGGGCACGGAGCAGCCGUCCAACGGCAAAUCCCUUGAGCCAUCCACGGCCAACACGGAAGCCAACGAGGCAAAUGCCACAUCGGGCGCCGCACACACCAGCAAGCUGGGCGAACAGGAGCUGCAGAAUGCAGUGGAGGCCGCGGCGGUUGUCUUCAAGAAAGUUGUCCUGCAACGGCGCCAGGAAAAGGAGAAGGAAAAGGCCGCCGAGGAAGCGUUGCAGCUGCCGUCGGUUUCCGGCGACACCAGCGUCAUGGAUGCCAUGGAAACGUCAUCGUCGGCGUCGGAGCUCGAGUUCAGGUGCACCACCUCGCACGGACUGCAGCAGCAGCAGUCGCAGUACAACGUCGAAGCCGACGAGUUCAAGCUCGUCUUUCUCAACUCGGACUCCUCGUCAUCCUGCCGCGAAGAAGAGGAGGAGGAGGAGGACGACACAGACUCCUCCUGCUCCACGCAUCACUGCCACAGCAUCGUGAGCAAUGUGGAGGAUUGCGACUGGGACUACUUCGAGCCAUCGAUGAUAGCCUCCACCACGACCACAACGACAAUGAUUGCGUACACGGCCACGCCUACACCGCCUCCACGCGUACGCCGCAGAUCCAGCGACAGCGAUUCGCCGUUACUCCAGCGACGCCAGCAGCAGCAGCAGCUGCGCAGCUACUGCCCCCGCAUCCGAGAGAGCGACACGGGCACCGGCACCGGCACGGACGAGGAGCUUCUCCUGCACACGGAGAGCAGCUCCCAGACGAGCUCCGAUCAGACAGCACCCCCCGUGCCGCCGCCCCCGCUGCCGAUGAGCAUGAAGACGCGGAUUAAGACGCGGUUCCUCAAGAGCCAUCACCAUCACCAUCAUCAUGCGCCGAGUCGCUGUGGCUGCAGUGCAGCUGCCGCCCCAUCCCCGCCAUCGCCGCCGCAGCAGCCGCAGUAUGUGCCCAUACCCGUGCCCGUGCCCAUACCCGUGCCCAUGUCCGCCUACCAGAACUGGCAGCUGGACUAUCCGGGCACGGCCAACCCGCUGCUGGAGCAGGACGAUCCGCUGGCUGCCUCGCUGCAGCAGCUGUGGCAGGCCGCUGCGGCACUGGGCGGCUUCAAGUCCUCCGCGCUGGCGGGCUUCAAGUCAUCGGCGCCGGAGCUGAGCGCCUCGCUGGGCUCACUGAUGACGCAGUCGCUGUGCUCCACCGCCUCGUCGUCAUCGUCGACAACGUCGGGAUACGGGACGGCGGCGGGACGCAGCCUGGAGACACUGACCGGCUGUCUCUGCCCGGCAGCCCGAGCUGCCAACUCGUUGCAGCAGCAGCAGCAGCAGCAGCGUCAAAUGGCCAGCCCCAACAGUGGGGCUUCAAAGCCAACAAGUUUAGUAGCGUCGCGCCUUCCGUCGAGUGAGCAUCAGCGAGCAGCGCGUACCCCGACCGAAUCACAAACAAACAACGACGAGGGCAACGCAACGCCCACCACUGGGGGGAGAUUGUGUAAUGUCUAUGAUAAAACCGGCGACGGAGAGCCAACGGCCCAGACACAUGUUGCUGCUGGCGGUGAUAAGCAACCAAAGGGGAAUGGUAUAGAGAGAGGGCCGCCGAUACAGCACAAAUACCACAGCCGAAAUCUAUGCGAAAACGAGCAAACACAAACCAAAACGGCAACAACAGAAACAGAAACCUACCUGGCCAGAAACAACAGUCAGCGACAGAGCCAGAGCCACAGACACAGCCAAGAAGAAGUGGAAGCAGCAGACGAAACGAAUAUACAUAAAAAUCAAGUACCAGCAACAGCAGCAACAACUAGAGCUGAGGCAGCGGCAUCGGCAUCGGCAGCGGCAGCAGCUCCUUUGGCCAUAACUCGUUUUGCAGUCGAAAAUGUUGGAAAUGCUGAAAAUGCCGAGAUUGUUGCCGCCGCGCCUAGAGAGCAGCACCUAGUCGCUGAAGCAGCAACAGCAGUAGAUCCCAAUUCCCGUGCCAAGAAUUUGUCCUCCAAUCGACUUAUAGCCACGAGGGCCACCAUGUCCGAGGAGGAGCCACCGAGACGCGAGACAGUGGGCCAUUUGCUGAGCGAAAGCUAUGCGGCCAGCAGUCCGGAUGAGGCCAGCAGCAGCAGCAGCAGCAGUGCAGAUGAGGAGCAGGCGGCACAGAGCCCACGCAAGCUGGUGGAACGCAGCUACGAUGUGGCAGUGGCAAUGCAGGCGGAGCUGGAACCAGAGGCAGUGCCAGUCCCAGAGCUGGAGCCGGAGCAAAUGCAUCACAGCACCACCACGGAUGGCAGCAGCAGCAGCAGCGAUUCCAGUUCCGCUUCCAGCUCCAGCUCGGAGUCAUGCGAUUCGGAUGACACGGGCACCGUGGCCGAUCGUCGGCCCAAGCGGCGGCGCUUCAACAAGGUGUUCGUCGUGAACCGCCAGCCGGGACAAGCUGGACUGCGGGUGCGAGCCAGACGCAGCUCUUCCACGGAGGGAGAUUCGCUGUCCUCAUCGGAGGCCAAUCUGGAGGAUUCCUCCGACAAUGAUACGGAUACGGAGCGCACAGAUUGCGGCAUUGUGCUGAACUAUGUGAAGCCACUGGGGUGCGAGGAGGAGGCGGGACAACCUGCACGUGACGCCAACAUCAACGUCAACAUCAACGCCAAUGCCUGCGCCAGCAGCGACGACGACUGCGAUGAUGAUGAAAGUGAGAAACGCUGCCGCGUUGCCAACUCAAGCGAUGAGCUUGCCAACUGCAUUGUGGUCGUGGGCGGGCAGACGGACGACGGCGACGGCGUGGUGCUGCACGGCAUGCGAUCUCUGCCAGACGCGGAGCCAAUGCAAUCAGAGCGCUGCGACUUGGAGCUGGAGCUGCACAGCAUCUCGAACGAUGUCAACCGGCUGCUGGAGCUGCACAAGCAAAACUCUCAGCUGGAGAUGAAGCUGCAGCGACUGCGGCGCGGCGUGGCUGAAAUCAAUGAGGAUCACCUGGCCUCCACAUCCACCGCCACGGGCACUGCUGUGGCUGCCACCCAGGGGAAGCCCGAGGAGUGCGACCCAGAGGGUGGUUGUUGGUCAUCGUCGUCAGGUGGUAAUCCACCCGCUUCUCCUUCUCGGAAAAGCAUUGUAAAUGUUAAUUCUAAUGACGAAAGCAGCAAAAGAGACGCAGAAACAACAGAAGCAGAAGCAGCGAAACAAAACGAAAACGAAGCGAAGGGUAAACACAAUGUAAACGAAGAAGCCGCAGCAGCAGCAGCGACGGUCGCCGCUACUCUCGGGUUUACCUGCCAUCAUCAGAAGCAGGUAAAGGCAAACAACGAUAAUAAAGUGGUGGCGGCCGUAGAAGAAGAAGAAGAGGAGGAGGCAAUGGCAGAAGAGCGACAAACAGCUGUGCAAACUGUGCGAGCGACGGCCGAGGGGGCGGAGGAAUGCAACGAAGCAUGCAAAAAUAAAAACUCUCUCGCACCUGAACAGGUACCUGCUCGAGAGUCAGAGAGCGAACGCUCUCGCUCUUGCUCUCUUUCUCGCUCUCGUCUACCUGUUGCUCAGGGCCACGCCGAGUUCGGAGUCGAAGUGAAGUCGCUUUCGGAGUCGCGCUCGUCGUCAUUCGAACAUGAAAUGUUAAACGUUGCGGUCGAGGAGGAGCCGUACGCUCGCACACGGUUGUACCCCAGCAGCAACAACAACAACAAUAAUAAUAGUAUUGCUAAAAGCAACAACGAUAAUGGCCAUAAUGACGCUUUCGCAGCACAAAAGACAAAUAGCAGCGGCCAACAAAGCAACAGCAGCAGCAGCAGCAGCAACAGUGACGUAGUGAAUGUGAAUGGGCCGUCGCCGCGUGUGUUCGAAAGUUGUGAAAACGACAGCGAUUCCGAUUUUGACAGAAUAUUCGGCGCACACAUGAGCUCGAAUACGCUGAAUACUUCGGCAACGGCCAGCCCCAGAACAUCGCCAGUGGAGGCGGAGGGGAGUGGCAGUCCCUCAGCCAAGAAUUCACUUUCGGCCAAGUAUCGCAGUUUGGUUAUGAUCACAAAAGACAACGAAAGUGCAGCAGCAGCAGCUGAAACCACCACAACAAAGGCCAAAAGCGAUUACGACAGCAACAACUUUGGCCAGAACUUUGGCGGUGACUCAUUUCGCGCCAUUGAGGGCUCGGAUCUCGUGACAAGCGAUCGGGAAUCAUCGCGCGACUCCUACAGCGUGGAUUCCCUCAACGAGCCGACGCCGAAGAUCUGCCUGGACGAUGGCCUGGCCGACGAUGACUCCUGGGUGGAGGAGCUGAGCCAACACGAAAACGAUGACGAAGACGAGGAUGAGGAAGAGGAGGAUGAGAACGUAAGCAAUGCCACCACCACGCCCACUGCCACGGAUUCGGAGGAUGCCGAUGGGGAUGGCGACAUGAACAGACGCCACACCUACAUGGACAGGGAGGAGGAGCUGCGCGGCUACAACAGAUCCGCCAUUGACUUUACGCUGCACACCAUCGUGGAGGAGAGCUGCGAGGAGAGCGAGGUGGCCUCCAUGCGGGCGGACAACGAGGAUGCCGACGAGGAGGAGGAUCUGGCGGAGCGUCGCCGCCAGCGCACGCUGCAGCACCAUCACCGCCUCAGUGCCUCCGAGCUGGAGAAGUAUUUCUUCUUUGGCCUCGGGGAUGGCAAGGUGAUGAGCUCCAUUGACACGCGAGGCGACGACACCGCCUCGGAGGUGAGUUCGGAGUGCUCCGAGGGCAUGGACUCCCUGCCACACGAUGAGCAGCUGCUGGAUGGAGGCAACAGUGCCACUGAUCUGGCCUCAUCUCGCCUGGAGAAGUACUUCCUCUCCGGAUUCAUGGGCUUCAGCGGUGGCGAGAAGCAGGCGGAAAGCGACGAGAGCGGCGGCAGCGUGGGCAGCGACAGCGAGGGUCAUCCCAGUCCCAGCCAGCGGAGGAAGCGACUGGUCCGCGCACGCGGCACUCCACGCAGCCACAACUCCUCGCUGGACAACCUUCUGCUGCCGGAGACGGACACCCUGGAUGCCACCACGACGGCUGCCAUGACUGUGGAGGAUACCUCCGAGUCGGAGGCUGGCUGCGACGACACCGUCAUCCAUCUGGCCAAUGCGGGAGCCUCGGAUGGCUCCUCCUCCGACACCAUCAAGCGGAAGAAGCAGCUGCGCAAGCGCCACGACUCUCUGGACGAGAAGAAGCUGCACGAGGAUGCCCUGGCGCUGGGUGGCGGCCCCGAGUGCCGCACGCCCACUCCAGGGUCGAUGGGCGGCAGCUCCAGCCAGGGCCAGGGACAGGCCAAGAAGCAGCAGCAUCACCACAGCCGCGACAGCGGCUUCGUGGGCAGCAACGAUGAUCUGCUGAAGGCGCCCGACUGCGAGCCACCGAAAUCUCCGACGCCAGCGCUCGAGCAAAUCAGCGAGGAUCGUGAGCCAGCGCAGGCUCUCAGUCUGGCCAAGUUGGAGCUGCCCAGCACCUCCGCAUCAGCAUUGGCCAGUGGCGCGUCCUCGCAGGGCCAGCGGCCGAAGCUAGUGCCUCCCGUGACGACCAGUUCGAAUCUGGUGCGGAAGGACAGCUUCAACAACUGGAGCUCCGACGAGGAGACCAACCUGAUGAUGAGCAAGAUGCGGCAGUUCUUCAAGACGCUCAUCGUGGCCACGGCCAAUGCGCAGCAGAGCAAACCCACCACACCGCCCACACCCACCGGCACCACAGCAACAACCACAACCACAACGACGCCCAACUCCCAGCGGAAGUUGGCCAAGACGCGACCCGCCCAAUUGGCGUACUUCGAGAACGAACUGACGCGCCUCAUGAAGACCGUGCCGGGCAUCAACGAUGAGCAGGUGCGCGAGAUUGUGGAGUACCUGAGCAGCGAGGACACGUGGUCGGACUCGUACGACUCCUCGGACUACACCAGCUCCGAUUUGGAGGGAGGCGAGCGCAAGGGACACCUCAAGGCACAGAUCUCGGCCAGCUGCCAGCAGAUUAUCAACAAGUUCGAGGUGGACGAGGAGGGCGACCGCGGCGAUGGCGGACUGCUGGACGAGGUGCAGAGUCUGAAUGGAGACACAGCUUUGGUCUACCAGAAGCUGGUGGCUUCCUUCAGCAAGGUGGCUGUGGGAGAAGCAGAGCAGGAAUCCCCAGAGUUGGCUGCACAGGAGCAGCAAGUGGAUCCGGAGUCAGCAGGCAGCACGGAGCAGCGAUCGCCGCAACUCUUUGCCAAGGUAAUGCAACACAUCGGCACCCGCCUGGUGGCCCUGAUGCACGAGGUGAGCAGCGGGAAUGAGACGCCAACACCAUCGCCAGCCACGGGCCAGGGACAGACGCGGCACCAUCGACGGCUGCAGGCCAAGAUCUCGGCCACAACGACAGAGGAUGAGGAGGAUGAGGUGGAGGAGCAGCUGCGGGCGAUGCCCAUCAAGCAGCUGAAGCUGCGCAGCAGAUCCCACGAUCUGCUCCUGGACGGAACGGGACCACACACGCAUGGCCAUGCGCAUCCCUCGGGAGUGCAUCAUGCAGCGGGAUCGGCAGCAGGACACGGAGCAGCAGCAGGACACGGAGACAACGCAGGGGAGGAGUGCGGAGUGGCCAGCGACUACGAACGGUUCUCGUGGCGCGGCAGUUUUGAGUCGGCAUUACUGGCUAAUGGCGACAGCAGAACGAGGCUCAGUCAGCUGAGUCAACUGGACAGGGACAACUCGUCGUCUGCGUCCGCUUUGGCAGUAGCAAAGCGCCGAUCGGCAGGCGAUCUCCUCUUCAGUCAGCACCAACAGAGCCUCAGCCGCGAGCAGCUGGACCGCGUACGCUCCUGCGGCAGCAUUGGCGGCGGCGACGCCCACCAUCAUCAGCUGGAGGCCUCGCCGGCCAAGCCGUGGCUCUCCUCGGCGGGCUCCUCCAUUGGCGGUGACUCCGCCAAGGAUGUGCGUCGCUCCAGCGUACCGGAUGCCAUCUACGAGACGGACUCCAGCGACGAGGGCAACGCCCCGAGCCAAUUCAGCGGCGCACGCUCCACCCUGCCACGCAGCCUGACCAGCGGCGGCCAGGUGGCCAGCACCAACUCCCUGCCACGGCUGCCCACCUCCUCGGUGGUUGCGGGUGCGGCGGGGCCCAUCACCAGCACGCCCAAGACCAAGUCGCAGAGCGCCCUCAACCACACACCCUCCAGCUCCGCCAGCAGUGCCAAGAGUGCACGCUAUCGCUCGCCAGGACUGGCAGCCCGUGCCGCUGCUGCCAGCAGCAGCAGCAGUGCUGCCGGCGGAGGAGUGGGUGGAGGCGGAAGUGCCGCCAACACCAGUGGCAGUGGCAGCAAAAAGCUGGGUGCGGGCUUCCAGUUCCUGUACUCGAAGCGCGAUGCGCGCAAACGUCUCAACAUGUCAGCGGAAGAGGCCAAAGUGGCUGCCGAGGAGCUGACACGUUCGCCGGUGAUUGGACAGCGGCAGGCGGCGGAGCAGGCCGCCACCGCCAGUCCCGUGCAGUCGCGUGCCUCCAGCGAGGCCUGGCCGGUGCAGUCGGACGAGGACAUUGAUCGCCUGGUGGCCAUGCAUCAGAACCGCAGCAGUCUCAGCUCUUUGGGGGUUCGCUCGGAGUCCAUGGCCAGCGUUUACUCUGGCGCUGGUGAGGGUCGCUAUGGCACUGUGGUGGUCAAGGGUCAGGUGGAAUUUGCCAUGCAAUACAACUACAAGCUGGCCUGCCUGGAGGUCCACGUGGUGCGCUGCAAGGAUCUAGCCGCUGUCGAUGCCAAACGCAAUCGCAGCGAUCCCUAUGUCAAGGUAUACCUGCUGCCAGAUAAAUCAAAGGCUGGCAAACGCAAAACCAAAGUCAAGAAGCACACCCUCAAUCCCAUCUUUGAUGAGACGAUGCGUUUCCACACGCCCAUCUCCAGCCUGGAGUCGCGCACCCUGUGGCUGACUGUCUGGCACUCGGACAUGUUCGGGCGCAACGACUUCCUCGGCGAGGUCUCUGUCAAUCUGCAGGGACGCGUCUUUGACAAUCCCCAAUCGCAGUGGUAUCUGCUCCAGGAAAGGAGCGAACCCUUCGAUGAGGUGGCCACCUAUCGAGGUGACAUUGUGGUGGGCCUCAAGUACAUUCCUCCGGAGAACCUCAAGUCGUCGUUCUUCUCGCGCGGCUCCUCGCUCACGGGCAGCUCCUCGAAUCUGCGCAAAUUUGGUGGCAGCAUCAAGUCCGUGGCCUCAAAGUCGGACCGCUGUGCCAAGGGCGGCCAGCUGCAUGUGCUGGUCAAGGAGGCCAAGCAUCUGAGUCCCAUCAAGGCCAACGGCAGCUGCGAUGCCUUCUGCAAAAGCUAUUUGCUGCCUGAUCGCACGCGCAGCUCCAAGCAAAAGACGCCAGUGGUAAAGCGCACGCUGCAUCCCACGUGGAAUUACACCUUUGUCUAUGAGGAUGUCUCGCUGGAGGACUUGUCGGAGCGCGCCUUGGAGCUGACAGUCUGGGAUCACGAUCGACUGGCCAGCAAUGAGUUUGUCGGCGGCAUACGUUUCUCCUUGGGCACGGGUCGCAGCUAUGGCCGUCAGGUGGAAUGGAUGGAUGCCACUGGCAAGGAGCUAUCGCUGUGGCAGAACAUGCUGGAUCGACCCAAUUUCUGGGUGGAGGGCAGCUUGGUGCUGCGCUCCAGUCUGGACGGCAUACGAGCCACAUUGCCAUAGGAGCAACCGCUUGCAUAUUAGUAAAUUAUUUGCUAGAAUCCACAAACCACAAAACCACAAAACCACAAACCCCACAAAAGUUGCAGUUAGAGUUGCCCACGGCACAAACAUUGUGUUGUAUUGUAUUAAUUAUCGAUUAAGCUACGAUGACAGUCGAUAACGAUGACUCUGAGAAGCAUUAUUAGUGUUCUAAGCAUUGGCAUAGUCACAGCAGACUGACUGGCCUAAUUAAUUGAUUGUUGUUUGUGUUUGCACGUGGCCUUGCAGCCACAGUUAGAGUUAAGUUGAAGUGUGUGUAGGAUGAUGAUUCCUGAAUACUCGAAUAUGGCAAUGACGCUGCAUGUAGCCUGUACCCCAGCCGUAAAUAAACCGAGCAAACAUAGCAAAAAAACAAAGCAGAACAAAGCGUUAUCAAGCGUUAAAGCGGCGCAACUCUCAGCGCAGAUAAAAGACAACAAAAAAACUAAAACUGUAAAGCAAAAACCAUGAGAACAGAACUACAGCAUGAAGCGAUGAUAAUGAUGAUGAUGAUGACGCAGCCCAAGGCCUGGGCUGCCUUAGAAAAUAAGCUCUACGAUGUUUAUGUGUAUUCUUUCCAACCUCUCUCACCCCUCUCACCCUCUCCGAGAGGCACUUGCAAUUGGCAUACUGUAUGCACCCAAAAGCUAAACGAUAAACGAUAAAAGCUACAACUAAAAUAUAACUCAAAUAUAUAGUUGAGACGAGACAUAAGUUUACCAUGUAUAACUAUCCAUAAUAACGCGCGAAAAUACAAAUAACAUUUUUUUGUAAAUU